GCCUAACCGAUUGGCUGACUCGCGGGUCAAGGAAACGGGAAGCACGCAGGUUGCGUGCCGUGUACUUGAGUAAUUUCUGGGGAGGGUUAGAGACAUCUGCUGCUGUUGCGGACCGAGAGUAUUUCACAAACGCGUGGCAUUUACGACAGGAGGAGCGCGCUGACACAUCGCUGAAUAUUUGCGCGUACAUUUCGAGACUCGCCCUAUUGACUUCAUAAAUGGGGUGCUUCUUUUCCAAAAAACCGAGGAGAAAAUCUCCUGAAAAGGACAGUGUCUUGCCCGCUGGGGACGAGAGCGCUACGGGCAGUGACCUACCCGAAACUAACAACACUGCGCUCGGCAGCAACAGCAACCAAGAGGCUCCAAAGCAAUACAGCUGGGACAAACGAGAAAAGGUUGAUCCCAAGGACUUCAUGCUGACAGGCCUCAAGAAUGAAACCGUGGGUCGAUUACCAGGCAAACUCAACGGCCAGCAGUUUGUCAUUCAGGACUGUGAGAAUUGUAACAUCUAUGUUUUUGACCAUUCGGCAACUAUAACCAUCGAUGACUGUGUGAACUGCCGCAUAGUGUUAGGCCCUGUCAAAGGCAGCGUAUUCUUCAGAGACUGCAAGGAAAUCAAGUGUGUGGUGGCUUGCCAGCAGUUCCGCACCAGAGACUGCAAGAAAAUGGACAUCUUUCUGUGCUGCGCCACCCAGCCCAUCAUCGAGUCGUCUACGGGCAUGAAGUUUGGCUGUUUCCAGUACUACUACCCUGAGCUGGCUUUCCACUUUAAAGACGCAGGCCUCAGCAUUUUCAACAACAACUGGAGCAAUAUUCACGAUUUUACACCUGUCUCUGGAGAGACCAACUGGAGUCUCCUGCCCGAGGAUGCUUCUGUCUUGGAGCAUGUGCCUCUACCGGAUUCUGAAUCUGAAUUCAAGUCUGUGAGAAUCUCUACUGAAGCAAGCCGUAGCAUUGUUCCCUUGACCAAAGGAGGCCGGCGUAAAGAGAGCGAAGAGUCCUGCCUGUUUGUGUUCUUUGCUGGAGACUACACCACGGCAAAUGCCCGCAAGCUUAUUGAUGAGGCAACUUCAAAAGAUAUGGUCCUCAUUCAAACCAAAGAGGUUUCCAUGCGCCCUGAAGAUGUGAACCGAGUGUUCCAGAAUAGCGCUGAAGGCCUCACUGAGUGGAUCACCAAAGGAUCUGUGGUAGCCCUUGAGCUAAAUGGAGAUGGCGUGGUGGAGGCAUGCCGAGCCAUGGCUGACGAAAUGUUCAAUGGGACUAAGGUGUUUGUUUCUGAGAGCAAAAGUACGUCCUCGCAUGACGUUGACAACUUUUUCAACUUUGCUGACAUGCAGAUGGGACUUUGAAACUGAGGGUCAUCUCACCUUGAUGUGGGUUUCUAUUUGUAUAUUUUGUAAUUUCAGUGUUGUGAAUUGGAAUUACUUUUAGUAAGGCAUAACACUGAUGGCAAGCCAGAGUUCUCUAAAUAGUUUGAGGGGUUACAACCACUCUUUACUUUUCCAUACAAUUUGUAUUUUUCUGUGUGACGAAUAUUUUUUUCUAUUUUCAUAAUGUUAUAAUGGCAUGUAAUCAAUCAGGUCAUUUGAAUGAAACCAGGAAGGCAAGUGCCUUUAGAUGGAGAAUCAGCUCCAACAGAACUGGAAUGUUGGAGUCUAAUCAAACAUUGGCUGUGGACACUUUUGUCAUUUAUGCUGAAAACCGUACAAUUGAUUAUAAAGAUAUUUAUUGAAUUGUUUUAUGAAUGUAUAGGAAAUAGAGUUUUACCUUGAUUUGUUUGUAUCCAUGUCUCCAUUACAUAUCUGUAUAACUGAUUAAUGUAUACCGGAUAGAUGUAAAAUUUGUUAUAGUUGUUGUAUAAUGUUGUAAAUGUCACAUGCCAGAAAACAUUAAUUGUCCUGAAUUAGAUUUUGUAUCUACAGUAUAUUAAUGUGUUAGAUUAGGUUGCACGUAGUCAUGUAUUUCAUUUUGUUAUAAUAGCAUGACUUUGACCAACCUUUUGUGUUCGAUAUGUAAUGUUUUUGUUUCAGUAUUUUUUUAUUAUAAACCCACAAAUGACACUCAAAAGAAUUUAAAUAGAAACCGAUACAUUUACUUAUCAAAUUGAAAUGAACAUUCUACAGGAGAUUUAGUUGUACACUUCUAUUUUUGUAGAAAUGUUUUUUGCUGUGACCAAAUUUGUACUUUUAAGAUAACCACAGUGUACUUUUUAUUUGUGAGAGACAAUUUUUUUAGAAUUUAAUCUAAGCUGUGAUUUGUCAAUACAUUCAUUUG